AUGGACGACGGCCCUCCACCUCCCCCACCUCCGCAUGGUGCUAAUCCAAAGACAACUGGAGGCAGUCAUGCUCCCCCCGAACCCCCUCCGAGCGCCGGUCUCCCCCCAGGCAACUAUGACAUCUUCAUCAUCCCUCCACACUCCUCAGGGGGUGGCUUCAUAUACCUGCCCAGCCUGGGUGUGCAACAGAACAGCUUCAUAGCCGGUGUACUCAGCACCAUAGCCAGUAUAGUUCUUUGGAAAGCUGCCGAGCCACACGUCAAACAAUACUUCCUCAUCGUCAGGCAUGGAGUCACAACUGGCGGCAAUGGUGUCAUUCUGCUAGCCGUCCUCAUGCUCCUUGCGGGAUGGGCUUUUGGCCAAACACAGGCCGGACGCCGAUUCAACGGCGGAGGCGGCCCGGCGUAUGGCAAUGGGCCACGCGGCGGACCUGGUGCUGGCUCAGGUGCGGGUGCCGGCAACUCUGGAAGCAGCUCCAGUUACCAGCGAGCACCCCCACCACCGCCUCAAAAUGGCGGCUUCUCAGGCAGUCCCCCGCCUCAUGGCGGAUGGGGUGGAUACCGUCAAUACGGCUCUGCAUCACAACCCCCUCCACAAGACGACGGGCCUUCCUCGGACGAAGAGGCUGAGCGAGCUGAGGAAGAGCGCAAACGCGCUGAAGAAAAACAGAAGCGCGCCGAAGAAAAGGAGAAGAAGGCGAAACAGGAAGAAGAGCGCAAGCAAGCUGAAGAAGCCAAAAGAAAACGAGAAGAGGCCGAACGUAAACGUGCCGAGGAAAUCGAGCGCGAGCGUGCCGAGAAAGCAAAGAUAGCAAAGGCACAAGAAAAGGAGCGUAGGCGUGCUGAGGAGUUCAAGCGCCAAGCUGAAGAGGCUAGAAAACAAGCAGAGGAGGCAAAAAGACAAGCAGAAGAGGUCAAGCGACAAGCAGAAGAGGCCAAAAGGCAAGCCGAGGAGGCCAGAUUGAGGGAAGAGGCCAGACUCAAAGAAGAGGCCAGGCUGAGGGAAGAAGCUCGGCUCAAGGAGGAGGCAAGAAUCAAGGAGGAGGCCAGAUUGAAGGAAGAGGCAAGAAUCAAGGAGGAGGCUAGAUUGAAGGAAGAGGCCAGAUUGAAGGAGGAGGCUAGGCUCAAGGAAGAAGCCAGACUGAAGCGCGAGGCCGAGGAGAAGAAGAAAGCCGAGGAAGAGAGAAGGAGGCGCGAGGCUGAACAGCAAAGGCUUGCCGAAGAGGAGAGGAAGAGGCAAGAGGAAGCCGAACGACAGCGCAUAGCAGAGGAAGAACGUAAAGCCGAGGAAGAGCGUCGCCGGGCUGAAGAAGCCCGAUUAGCUGCUGAGGCGGCCAAGAAGAAGAAGGAGGAAGAGGACCGUCGGCGAGCGUGGGAGGAGCUUAAACGAGCUGAGGAAGCGCGGCAGAAGAAGGAGGCAGAGCAAAAAGCCAAGGAAGAAGCAGCCAAACUUGCCCGUGCCAAAGCCGAGAAGGAGAAGUGGGAGCAGAUGCGCAAACGUGAGCGAGAGCAGCGUGAACGUGAGGCAAGAGAACGCCUGGCCAAGGAGAAAGCUCGCAAGCAACAAGAGGCCUUGGAGAAGGAGAAAGCAGAGCGCGAGGCACGCGAAGCAGAAGCACGAGCUCAAAUCGAAAAGGAGAUCCGUGAAAAGCUCGAAGCCGAACAAAGAGCCAAGGCCGAAGAGGAGGCUGCGAAGAAGGCCGCUGCUGACAAGGCUGCUGCUGAAGCUGCCGAAGCCAAAGCGAAGCUUGAAGCAGAACUCGCUGCUGCCAAGGCGAAAGCAGAUGCUGAGCGAGCAGAGCGUCUUAAAGCAGCACGUGAACGAGCUCAACGGGACCGAGAGGCUCGUCUCAAGGCCGAAGCAGAGAAGGUCAAGGCUGAAGCAGAAAGGAUCAAGGCCGAGAAGAUCAAGGCUGAGAAGCUUCAGGCUGAGCAGCUUAAGGCUGAGGCAGAGAGGCUCAAAGCCGAAGCAGAGAGAAUCAAAGCUGAAGAAGCCGCCGCCGCCGCUUCGGCUGCUGCUGCUGCUGCCGCUGCCCCAGAGAUCACAUCAACCCGCAGGUCUACUACAUAUGGUGGCGUUGGUGGCGGCGAACGACUUGAUCCCUAUGCAGGCGUGAGAAUGCCAGCUCCUGCUUCUGUCGCCUCCAGUCAAUCGUCUCCUAUCAGGGCUACCGUCACAUCUAAGAAAUCUUACGAGAAACCCACUGCAAAGUCUUACCUCAGCAGCGAAGAUGGACAGUCCUUUGUCCCGCCUCGGUCUACUGCUACUCGCUCACACGUCUCUUCGCAAUACUCCGAGUCUUCUUACGCACCUUCAGAGUCGACUGCACGCACAACACCACCAGCUUCGAAAAGCGGGCCAUACGCGACAGCCGAUCCCAACAAGAUUGUCAUCAAGGCUGUCUAUCUUUUCAACGACUUGUUCCCGAAGCCCGUUGCUCAACUCGUGGCGAAUGUAGGCAAGGUAACCGAUGGGCUCAUUCUAAAGAUUCAAUCCGAGGGUCUUUUUAUCGACGACGAUGUACGAGGCAUUCCACAGCGUGAGUGGGAUGUCAAGGCUUGGACGCUGAAGAUGGUAGAGACGGGUAAGCAACCCACCAAGAGCCUGCAUAUUCUCCGAGCCUCUGUCCGCGACGCCGACGGCAAGAAAUACGUCUUCCUCAUUGACGACAGUGAGAGCUGGAAACUGGCGCUUGGUCUGCAGCGUCUCCGCAAGGGCAGUCAAGUGCGUAGUCUGCAGAGUGCUCAGAUGGCUCCCAACGAGAUGGCCCGUGUACUCAAUGCUGUGCCAUUAAUGGCCUAUUAA